AUGUUUCCCGUCAGCCGUGUGGUGCAACCCAUCCCCCGCUUCAGCCAGACUAUUUGCCUUGGCUGUCUUGCUCGACUCACUAGGUUACCGGGUAGCAGAAGACUCCUCAGCAUCUCAACAGCUAACGGCGCUCCAAUUGGAUCAAAUGUCGGAUUCUCGAGACAGUGGCGUCGAGAAUACUUCUCUGCCAACCUGCCCAAAACGCUACGGGAUGCUCUAAUCCUGGCCAGAACGAGGGAGACCGACAUUCAAGAAUCCCAGCUCGAAAAUGGCUAUCGGAAAGAGAAUGCCCCACAUGAUACUCGUAUUUCUCGAGUAGGGGGAGCCCGCACCAUUCAGGCGCCCCAGACCUCGAAAUCCCAAAUUCAACAGCCGGAGGACUCAGUAUCCCAGACUCCCGAGUUUGAGGCCUCAGAGCCUCCCCACCGUCGGCGCGCACGACGAAGAGCCCUCGAAUCUUCUUCCAAUCAUGAACAAACAACGCAGUUCCUCCCCUCAAACUCUGCGUCAAACCUUACCACCCUUUCCACCGCUCUCCCAAACAACUCCAUUCGUCGCCUCCUCACCACCUGCCUCUCCCUCAGCAAACCCCGCCUCUCAGUCCUCGUUGUCCUCACAACCGCAGCCUCCUACAGCCUCUACCCUGUGCCCGCCCUGCUUUCCCCAGAGACCAUCGGCGUCUCCUCCCUCUCGACCCUGACCCUGCUCUUCCUCACCACCGGCACAGGACUAUGCUCCGCCUCCGCAAACGCCCUCAAUAUGCUCCUCGAGCCAAAAUACGACGCGCUGAUGAGCCGCACGCGGAACCGCCCCCUAGUACGGGGGCUGAUCUCCAAGAGAGCGGCGCUCAUUUUUGCGCUGGUCGCAGGGACUAUGGGCGUGGGUGGACUAUGGGCGGGCUGCAACCCUACUGUCGCCUUUCUCGGCGGUCUUAAUAUCGUCCUGUACGCCGGGGCAUACACGCCGCUCAAACGAAUCUCGGUCAUCAAUACCUGGGUCGGCGCAGUAGUGGGGAGCAUACCCCCAUUGAUGGGCUGGGCAGCAGCAGCAGGCCAGAGCGCUACCGCAGGCGGAGGUUGGAAGGAGAUCCUUUUCAGUGAAUCGAGCAUUGGCGGAUGGUUACUCGCUGGCCUGUUGUUCUGCUGGCAAUUUCCGCACUUCAAUUCCCUAAGCUGGGCUAUCAGGGAAGAAUAUAAACAAGCCGGAUAUCGUAUGCUGUGCUGGACAAACCCUGCCAAGAAUGGGAGGGUAGCGUUCAGGUACGCGGUCUUGUGCUUUCCCGUCUGUAUCGGGUUGUGGGCGACGGAAAUUACGGAUCAAGGGUUCUUGGUUACGAGCUCGGUGGUAAAUGCAUGGAUGGCGAGGGAGGCUUGGCGAUUUUGGCGGCUGGAUGGGUUGAAGGGCAGCGCGAGGGGCUUGUUCUGGGCGAGUGUGUGGCACUUACCUGUGGUGAUGGUGCUGGCUAUGGUGCAUAAGCAAGGGCUAUGGGAGGGGCUGUGGAAGAGGAUGGUCGGCAAUGGGAAUGUUGAUCAGAACCUGGAACUCGAAGAUGAAGCAUCGGAUAUACCAAUAGAGUGA